GGGGCGGGGGCGGGGCGGGGCGGGGCGGCGCGCUUCCGCCCGGCCCCGGCAUGGCGGCGGCAGCGGCGGCGGCGGCGGCGCGUUGCGCAUGUGCAGAGCUCCAUGGCGAGACAAGGGGGCGAGCGCGCACAGGGCGGCCCGGGAGAGCGAGGGCUCUGAAAACCAGUCUCUGAAGCAAGAAACUCGGGAGGAAAAUCGGAGACCUGCUCUUCUGAUGCCUGACGGAGCAGAGAGAUGAAGGGACAGCAGAAAGCAGCCGAGACGGAAGAGGGCACGGUGCAGAUCCAAGAAGGUGCAGUGGCCACAGGGGAGGAUCCCACCAGUGUCGCCAUUGCCAGCAUCCAGUCCGCAGCUACCUUCCCCGACCCCAACAUCAAGUAUGUCUUUCGCACAGAAAACGGCGGGACGCAGGUGAUGUACAGGGUGAUCCAAGUGGCCGACGGGCAGCUGGACGGGCAGACGGAGGGCACCAGUGCCAUCAGCGGGUACCCGGCGGCACAGUCCAUGACACAGGCCGUCAUCCAGGGCGCCUUCACCAGCGAGGAUGCGGUGGAGACGGAGGCCACGGCGACGGAGACUCACUACACCUACUUCCCCACCACGGCCGUGGCUGACACCAGCACGUCCGCCGGGGCAGGGACCACGGCCACCGCCGUCGUCACGACGCAGAACUCGGAGGCCCUCCUGGGGCAGCCCACGCCCACGGGGCAAUUCUUCGUGAUGAUGUCGCCCCAAGAAGUCCUGCAGGGCGGAGCGCAGAGAUCCAUCGCUCCCCGCACCCACCCCUACUCCCCGAAAUCAGAGGCGCCGCGGACAACCCGGGACGAGAAACGCCGAGCGCAGCACAACGAAGUGGAGCGCCGGCGCAGGGACAAGAUUAACAACUGGAUCGUGCAGCUCUCCAAGAUCAUCCCGGACUGCUCCAUGGAGAACACCAAGUCGGGGCAGAGCAAAGGCGGGAUCCUCUCCAAAGCCUGCGACUACAUCCAGGAGCUGCGACAGAGCAACCACCGCCUCUCCGAGGAGCUGCAGGGCCUCGACCAGCUCCAGAUGGACAACGAGGUCUUGCGGCAGCAGGUGGAGGAUCUGAAGAACAAGAACCUGAUCCUGCGGGCGCAGCUCCGCCAGCACGGCGUGGAGAUCGUCAUCAAGAACGACAGCCACUGACGGGGGCCGGGGAGGGCGCCCGGGGCUGGGGACUCAGAGGGGCCGGCGGCCCAGGACAGCCCCGCCGUGCCCACGGCCGCCCGGCAGCGAGGCUGGCGCCGGAGCCCCCCGCGCCGCCCCCACGCCUCUCCCCGGGCCCGCGGCGAGCGGCCGGCGCCCGUUAGAAAGUACCUCCUCGGUGUGACAUAAGGACCCUCCUGUUUUGGUUUGUCCCCCCUCGCCCGCGUUGUCCCCGCCGGGGCGUCACCGCUCCCCGGCUCACGCCCCCCGCGCUUCGUGCACACACGCGCUCGGCCCGGCCGCCGGCCCCCGCUGCCCCCCCAGCACCGCCUCCCCCUCUCCUUCCUCCCCUCCGUCUCGCCCGCGGCCGACUCUGCCUCGCCGCCCCGGCUCCGGCGUGGCGGGGGGGUGCUGCAGCGGGGCUCGCUUCCCCCCCACCCCGCGCUGCCCUCCGCGGCCCCCCGGGCACCCGCGCGGGGGGCUGGGGGGUGGCAGGGCCCCGGGGGCAGCGCGAGCCCCCCCUUCUCCCCUGCCCGCUGUGGCUGGCCCGGCCCGCCAGGCACAGACUUUUUUUUAAAACUCUCUGAAUUUAAAAAGCAAAAAUAAAUAAAAAUAGUGAUUUGUU